AUGGGUGGCUCCCCGUCCGACCAGAAACAGACCCGAGCGUAUGGCUCUAAGAGCCAUCAGACCACCACAGAUGGGGCCCAACAGGGCCGAUGCCGAUUCGGAGUCGCGGAGAACCUAACGGGUAACCAGGGCUCCAGCUCGAUGUGCAGGAGAAGGCACGAGCCAGUGGGAAUAUAUCGAGGAAAGUACGAGUGGGCCAACGAGAACAGUCCAGUAGGGGGUGACUGCUCGCUCUGGGUGCGAGCUGCCACGCUGCAGCUUGAUGACGGACAGUGGCAGUGCCAAGUGACAGCCAGCAAUUAUGAUGUGCAGGAUGCCCUCUCAAGUCCACCAGCAGCUUUAGCAGUCCGGGUACCACCACAAUCUCCUCGGAUCCUGUUCAACGGCUCCCACGUGAUGCCAGGUCAAAACAUCACGGUGCCAGCUGGAAACAGGGCCACCGUCGUCUGCGAAGCCAGAUAUGGCAACCCUCCUGCUUAUAUCGAGUGGUAUUUGGAAAAAGAACGUCUAACAGCAUGGUCUCAGACAAAUGCUUCGGAAGUGGAGCGGCCGCGGGUGUGGGCAGCUCGGUCGGUGCUGGAGCUUGGAGCCACAAGGUCUGCACAUGGGCGCCAGCUGGCCUGCAGAGCUCAUCAUCCGUCGUACCCAUCUCCAUACUACAGGGACUCGUAUACUAUGCUGGAUGUUACUUUCGUUCCAGUAGUUUCCAUAGUUGGUGGUGAUGCCAGCACUUUAGCGAACUUGGAGGAAGGUUCCAGUGCCCUAACUUUGGAGUGUCGAGCUGAUGGUAACCCAAGUCCUUACGUCUGGUGGACCAAGAACGGGCAAGUCAUUGCUACGAAUGGAGCUAAAUUGAUACUGGCACCCGUGUCUAGGAAUCAUUCUGGCAUCUACGGCUGUCAGGCAAGAAACUCAUUGGGAACUUCGGAUUCAGUCAAGAUUGAAAUCGACAUUAAAUAUCCGCCACGAGUGUCGUGGAUAGGACCUGAUACGGUAGUGGAAGCGAACCUAUUCUCUCAAGUCACUCUGGAAUGCAAAGCUGAGGGCAAUCCUCCUCCGUCGUAUACCUGGUAUCAUAGUCCAGCAUCGUCAGCUCGCAUCAACUCUCUGCAAGAUGGCGCCUACCCGAUCUCCAUGACGCCACAACUUCAACUGCACAAUGUGUCAUACGACCAGCACGGACGGUACACCUGCGUGGCUACCAAUCAGAUAGGACUUGAAGACAGGAGUCAUCAAUCCGAAGCUGUGACACUGAAUGUGCUGGGUCCGCCGGUCGGCGCAGAUACAGGCGCAGCGCACGCGUGGAGUGGACACGAGGCUCGGGUGGCCGCCACCGUCUGCGCCGACCCACCGCCACGCCGGGCUGCCUGGCUCUGGGGCAGUCUCCGCCUUGACGUGCCAUCACAGAUCGGUCGCUACCGCACCAUCGAGCCUGCGACAGACGGAGGUUGCUACCGGUACACGUUGCUCAUCUCCAACACCGGGGUCGCGGACGCUCGAGUCUAUGUCCUACACGUGGAGAAUGAGAGAGGUUUCUCCUCUCAUGCUGUCUCUCUCACUGUACAUGAUAAUUUUUCGCUAACAGAGACUGCACACGUGGCUCCGCUGAUCGCGGCCGCGCUUGUCAUUGCAGCUCUGUUGGUCAUAGUGCUGUGCCUCAUCAUCCGGUGCCGGAGACGGCGAGAAAGCGUCGAAUAUAAGACUGAAGAUUUAGAUAGCGAAAAAGCAGCUCUCCCAGCAGACGCAGUGUACACGCCGCGCGAGACGGCCCGGCCGGCGAUGGUGGGGGCGCGGGCUCCGUGGCCGGCAUCGCGGCGGGCGGCGGCGGGGCGGCGGCGGGCGCGCGCUACUCGCCGGCCGCGCUGCAGGUGCGCCGCGCCGCCGUCGUGCUGCAGCCCCCCACCACCGUGUGACCCCCGCGCACAGGCAGCUUUAUCGUCGCUGGAGAGAGAAGCCAAAGAGAAUGUAUAUGCGGUAUUAGAUCCGCACAUUCAGUACGAAAUAACGAUUAAUAAGCACGGAGAGCCGCCUAAAUAUUUGUCCUUAUCGAAGCCGCUAACCCACCAAAGAACUCACACCUUCGACCCCCAUAGCAUCACCAAUGAAAUUAACAAUAAUGAUUAUGAUAAAUUCACUACUUUUAAACCAGGACCACCAAAAGCAAGAAGAUCCAACAAAAGUAAUGAUAAAAACACUAAAAACUAUGUCUGCAAAACUAAUAACGAUAUAGAAUACUCCAAAGACCCCUACUUUGGUAAAGUUAGAAGUACAGAUACAAUCAAUCAAAAUGCACAAAAAUACAACGAACACAAAGAUACCAAAAAUUAUUCUCGCAUGUAUGAGAGGAAUAAUUCUGGAAGGAAGGACAAUGACAGAAAGAAACAGGAUGGCUUUGAAAAAGAUUUUCAAAACAAUAGAAGAUCUUCAAAUCGCAGCUGGAAAGGCACAAAAGAGAAGGAGCGGUCUUUUGAAGAUUAUAUAGAAGGGAAUGAGAAACAAGAUACUGAAGAAGAGUUUCGGCCUCGACCAGGGAAGGUCAGGGAAAUAGCUUCGAGGUUCAACAAGUGUAGCACUGGGAACGUAACUUUGAAUGUGAAGAAAGAGAGGCCCAGGCCAUUACAAAGUUAUGGUCACCAGGCGUACCUGGACCACGUGUUUCCUGAUGCCGUAGAGAUAUAGUGUGUUGAGUGGACAUGACAAGUUAGAUCUCCGUUUAGUUAUUGUGUACUUAAUAAGGACUAGAUUUCUCACUAUACUUAUUUAUUAAAUGUAGUUUUGCCAUAUUCUUCUAGACGUUUCAUGACUGGUGUUGUCGAGGAGAUUUUUGAAUACUACUUCAGCAUGUAGUUGUAUAUAGAUCGCUGUUAGAUAGAUGCACUUGAUAGGUAUAUGCACGCGAGGUGCGCCAGCAAAUAGGAUGCGGAUCGUAGAUAUGCCUGCAUUC